UUGCGUUUCCGGCCAGCUCAGCGCGUCAGCCCUGUGGUGUUGUCAGUUUACAGCCUUGUCAGAGAGACACUGGUACCAGUUUACCUGUAACAUUUAGUUUAGUGGGACGCGGAGAAUAACCGGGACAUCUUGGAGAGAUGGUGCUGCUGACGAUGAUCGCUCGGCUGGCGGACGGUCUGCCGUUAGCCGCUUCAAUGCAGGAGGACGAGCAGUUGGGUCGUGACCUUCAGCAGUAUCAGAGUCAGGCCAAGCAGCUCUUCAGGAAACUCAAUGAUCAGAGUCCCACACGCUGCACUUUAGAAGCUGGCUCCAUGGCAUUUCACUAUUUUAUAGAGAAAGGAGUGGUAUACCUCGUGCUGUGUGAAGCCAGCUUUGCUAAGAAGCUGGCCUUUGCUUACCUUGAAGACCUGCAGGCAGAGUUUCAUGAGCAACACGGAAAGAAGGUCCCCACAGUGUCCCGGCCCUACUCCUUCAUUGAGUUUGACACCUACAUCCAAAAAACCAAGAAGUCGUACAUUGACAGCAGAGCGAGGAGGAACCUGGGCAGCAUUAACACGGAGCUCCAGGACGUCCAGAGGAUCAUGGUGGCUAACAUCGAGGAGGUGCUGCAGAGAGGAGAGGCUCUCUCCGCGCUUGACUCCAAGGCCAGCAACUUGUCCAGCCUGUCAAAGAAGUACAGGAGCGACGCCAAGUAUCUGAAUACCCGCUCCACUUACGCCAAGCUGGCAGCCGGUGGUGUCUUUUUCAUCAUGCUCAUUGUCUAUGUACGCUUCUGGUGGCUCUGAGAGAGAAAAGAGGAGAAGAAGAGGAAGAGGAGGUAUUGAAGUGGAAAAUGAGCUGCACAGAGUCUGCAGACUCUUUAAGAAAAUCUGUCACCUUUGACUAAAACCAGGAUCCCUGCUCUUAAUAAGACUUUGCAGACAUGCCACCGCCCAUUUUGUUCUCGCCUGUCCAUGGAUGUGUGAUCUGAAUAUAAAUGAUGUCAUAAUACAUAGUUUUAUUAUUAACAAGUAUACAGUUAUGUGCUCGUAGUUGCCCUGGAGAUAGGAUAAAAGGAAAUGAGUGAAUGUGUGCGAAUGUGUGUGUGUGUGUGUGUGUGUGUGUGUGUGUGUAUGUGGGGGUUGAUUGCUCUGUUUUUGUAGGUGAUUGGGUUUGAAGUGUGGAGGGAAAAUGAAGAGAAAAAGAAAUAUCAUGUUUUGUGACUUUCCAAAGCUGUACUGUACUGUAACAGGACUGAUUUAAACUGUAUACUGUCUAAUAAUACAGAAAAAACCAUAACCUUAUUUAUCCUGAGCACAUCAUAUGGGUAUCUGUGUUCAUUAACAUUAUAAUCAUUAUAGUGCUGACUUGACGGGCCUGGACAACAUGCAGUAUGCACCACAAAAUAGUUAAAUGUAACUAAAGUAGACAGGUUUUUAUAAUGUAUGGAAGCCUUGCUAAAUGCUAUGUCACCUGUUUCUAAUUUAGCUGAUUUUCUUCACCUUAAAUGGGAUGUCAGGGGACCUUCAAGGGACUGUACAAAAAUUAAUUAAGGGGUCAGAAAUGGGGAAGUGAAAGAGCUUUUUUACUUUUUGCUGAAAGGAGGGUUGCAUGGGAAGGUUAAUUAGUUUUACUCACCACAAAUUUAGAUUUCAGCCUCCCCGCAUGAGAUGAUUUAUAUAAAAAGGUUUUAAAGAAAGGGAUCAUAAAAUAACAAAACACUGGACGUGUGUGCACAUUGUUUUUUUUUCAAGGACAAGAAUCCUGUCACAGUUUUAUAUUUUUACCAUCAUAAUCAACUAGCAAAUAGAACCAAAACCAAUUAUGAGAACACAGAAUAUGGAUAUUUAUGUUUACAGAUAAUAUGGGUUAAAUGUAAAAUAUGCAAGAUUCUACCCAAAACACAAAGAAACUCAAAAAAUGAUCCCUAUUAAAUAUCACCUAUGUCCUAAAA